CACAAGAAUCGAAAACGUACGCACAGGGAUGUACGCAUUAUCCAUUUUUGACAAUCAAGCAAAGCGUACAAGUUUGUUAGUACUGCACUACUAGUCUCGGUACUUUUGGCUGGAAGACCUAUUUAUAGCAUGUCAUGCAGUCGGUACGAACGAACAGAGCGAUAGUUUCGUGUGCCUCUGCCUCCUCUGCUCUGCUCUGCCAAUGGAGUCCCGUGCUGUUGCUCUCUUGUUCUGCCUGCUCUGCGUGUCUCUUCUUCGCGCCGCACAUGCCACCACCUUCGGAACCUCCGACGGCACGGAGCGCUGGGGAUACGUGCAAGUCCGUCCGAAGGCUCACCUGUUCUGGUGGUACUACAAGAGCCCCCAUAGGGUGUCUACGCCGACCAAGCCAUGGCCAACCGUCCUCUGGCUGCAGGGAGGCCCGGGAGCGUCAGGGGUCGGGCUCGGCAACUUCCUGGAGGUCGGCCCGCUUGAUGGCAACCUGAAGCCACGCAACUCGACGUGGCUGCAAAAGGCCGACCUCAUCUUCGUGGACAACCCGGUCGGGGUCGGGUACAGCUACGUGGAGGAGGAUGGCCUGCUGGUGACGACCGACCUGCAGGCGGCGGCUGACAUGACCACGCUCCUCAAGGCGCUCGUCCAUCAGGAGAUGCCCACGCUGCAGAGCAGCCCGCUGUUCCUCGUCGGGGAGUCGUACGGCGGCAAGUACGCCGCCACGCUCGGCGUCUCCGUCGUCAGGGCCGUCAAGGCCGGCGAGCUCAGGCUGACGCUCGGAGGCGUGGCUCUCGGAGAUAGCUGGAUCUCGCCCGAGGAUUUCGCGGCUUCGUAUGGAUCGCUGCUGCUGGACGUGUCGAGGCUGGACAGCAACGGCGCGGAGCACGCAAACAAGGAAGCGCAGGUGGUGAGGCAGCAGGUUGCGGCGGGGCAGUUCAGGCCGGCACAGUCCACGCUCAACAGGAUGCUCAACUGGAUCGUCGUCAACAGCGGCCACGUGGAUGUGUACAACUUCUUGCUGGACGCCGGGAUGGACCCGGUCGCGGACGAUCCUAGCUCUGCGCUCGAGUACUCCAGGUACCUAGCAGAGAGCAAGCUGUCCGUAGGGGACUCCAUCCAGGGCGCCAUGAAUGGUGCCAUCAAGCAAAAGCUCAAGAUCAUCCCCAAAGACGUUGUAUGGAAGGCGCAAUCCUACACGGUGUACUACGCACUGAUCAACGAUUUCAUGAAGCCUAGGAUUCAAGAGGUCGAUGAGCUCCUGUCGUAUGGUGUCAACGUCACGGUGUACAAUGGCCAGCUCGAUGUAAUCUGCUCGGCGGUCGGCGCGGAAGCGUGGGUCCAGAAGCUCAAAUGGGAUGGCCUGAAUAACUUCUUGAGCUUGCCAAGGCGCCCUCUGUACUGUGACUCUGCCCAAACUACCAAGGGCUUUGUAAAAUCUUACAAGAACCUGCAUUUCUACUGGAUCCUCGGAGCAGGCCACUUUGUGCCUGUUGACCAACCUUGCGUUGCACUUGACAUGAUUGGCAACAUAACGGAGUCUCCAGCGAUCUAUCGCCCGUAGAAGUGGGCAUCAGCAAAACUAAACUGGUGCGCUCAACUUUGCUCAAUGGAAAGUCAUGCUUUAUUUUCUAUUACAAGACUGAACAAUGAUCUUAAAGAAAAUUUAUCAUGCUUCAUAACAUUUAGCCUUCCACUUUUGCUCAAUUGAUUUCUCAGAGUAAUGAGUUAGUUGUGAAUAUAUUGUUCUGUUGUGUCAUAUGUGUAAAGUUCGGAAUUGUGUGUCAUAUGUUUUCUCCCGAAAAGAAUUGUGUGUCAUGGAA